AAGGAGGCAAAGAGUUUUGGUCUACGGGCUCAGCACGCAUUGUCAGCCUACAAGGAGCUUAUUCUUUUCCACCUGCAUCUCCUUGAUAAAGGAUCUCCUGAGGAAAAAGAGUUUUCAAAGCGAACAUGCUUUCAUAUCUUGACAGUUGAAGAAUAUCGAGAGAUGGGAAUCGUUCUCAUCAGAAAGUUCAAGCCUGGUUUCUUAUCGAAAACAUUUUUGCGAGAACUGAUCUUGGCAACUCAUCAUUACUUCCGCCUGCUCGAGCGCAGUGUGAAGGCUGGUCAAUUAACGACAGUCACCAAGAGAAGUAAAAUAAGGCGUGCUCGUAGAAAAAAGAGCCCAGAGGAUACAUUUGGUCCCGAGCCGCUUCCUGCAGUGGUUGAUAGUAUGAGUGCUGAAGACAUGGAGAAAAAAUGGUCUCAGAUCGCUGAUGAGAUCAAAGACAUUAUUUUGGGCAAUGUGGAACCAUCAGUGGAUCAGAUUCCUAUAAAUUCGCUAUUGGAUGUGCAAGAAGAGCAGCAUCAAAAAUUUGCUAUGUUGAAAAUUCAAAGAGCCAUGCGCGAGUGUCGCCCAAAGGAUGCCAUGGGGCUGUAUCGAGCUUCGAGAGCUAUGUGGUCUACCGAAGGCAUUUUUGGCGACCCUGAAAACAGCACUGAUCAACAAAUUGAGGAGAUUCGAGAAAUAUUCUUCACGGAUUUGAAAGAGGUAGCUGAUGAGCUUCUCAAAGCUGAGAUAGCCGCUCAAAAGAAAUUUGCUUCCGAAUCGAUGAUUGAUGGAGAAGAUGAGGAGGAUCUUUACAGUAGUGAAGAGGAAGAAGAAGCCAGAUAUGAGACCAAAGAGGUGAAAUUCGAUCUUCAAGAGUACGUCAAUUUGUAUGCUCGGACAGACGUCUUACGAUGGUACGUUUUUUUGCUGAAAGAUUUCGCAACCAAUUCUGUUGAAGUAAACAAAGCAUUGGUGAAGCUUCUACAUCGCGUGGCAUUCGACUUGAAGAUGCAAACGCGCCUAUACCAGUUGUCCUUGUUUCGGAUCUUCGCAGAAGUCAGAAAACAUUUGGACGGGAUGACUGUGGAAGAAAUGAAGAAGCAUCCGUUAUUUGAGCUAUACACUUUUGGCUAUCAUUUGUUGAAACGUUUCUUUUUGUUCUAUAAAGAGAAAGGAGAUAUGCUUGCCCCCGAACUUCUGUUCUGGAAGGGAUCCAAGGAAUGUUAUGAGAUUGAGAAUGGUGAUGGCUACGAGGAGUCUAAACAUCAGAAGGAUCCAUAUUCAUGGAGUGAAGAAUUGGAAAAUGAGCUUCGCUCCCUCUACAACGAGUACCGAGACAUGGAUGAGAGACCCGAAGGCAUGGAUGUUCUUGACUUUAUUGAACCGAAUCUUAGUCGACCACGGACUCGAAAGCAAAUAUUGAGGAAAAUGAAAGAAUUUGCUUUGGAUCCGCUUGGAGCAAAAGCUAACAAGGGAUCGAUAAUGGAUCGCAACUUCCCCAUAAUCAGAGCCAAAGAGCUAAUUGAACAGUAUAAUGAGUUGGCAGAUAAGAGUGAGGACAUGGUGGACUUCUUGCGCACUAACUUAGCUGAAACACAUGGUGAAUUUUCUCGACAAAAGAUCAUCAAACAGAUCAGCUACCUGGGAAUUGUAUAUGAGAAGAAGAAGCCAGUAUCGAAAAAUUACAAAUGGUCAGAUGGUCUACGAACGGAACUAGCUGCCCUCAAGGAGCAAUACUACGAGAUGGAUGCAGAAGACCAAGAGCUUGUCUCUUUGCUUGAUUACUGUGCACGUCGGUUGAGUGAAAAGAAGCCGCGUCGACAGAUUGAGCGAGAGCUGAUAGCACUUGGAGCUGCCAUUGAGCCAACUGAGAAACGGAAGAAUAGACCAUCGAAGCCCAGAAGCGCAAGUGCAAGUGGCAGCGAACCCGAUGAUGCUCUGGAGCCUAGAGGUUUGUCUUCAAGCGCCAGCAACAAAUUGGAAAGAGUUCCUGGUGAAGAUAGUGACGCUGAUCUGGAUCUUGAAGAUGAAGCGCAUCAUCUUGAUGAAGAUAAGGAACCAAGCGUUGAAACGAGAGUUCAGUCUGGCGUUGAUUUCGAAGGAGAAAGAAGCCAUUCACCCAGUAAAAGUUCGGCUAAAGAAGCAAAUGCUAAAGAAGCUGAUGAAAAUGCUGUUUCUUCAGGAAAUACCCAGGAUCAUACGAGCCGGAUCAAAAAGAGGCGUGUGAUUACUAGCUCUGAUGAAGAAGAUAAUGUAGAAGAAGCGGUGGAUAAGGAAGAUAAGCAGGACGACGAAACUACUUCUGAAUUGCCCAUCGUGACAAAGCCAAAAAGAAGUCGGCUCGUUUUGAGUGAUUCGGAUGAGGAUUGA